CAUCAACAUCGGUCAAAGGUGUGUCUGUUAGGUUGACUAUUCCUAUGAUAUUUACAGUUUUAUUCUAGCUAUCUUUUCUACGAGAAGAAAACGUCAACAUGUUGACACCGUGCCGUCCCAUGGCCUACCCUAAAUCCCACAACCCGUUUGCAGAUGAUGACGAUGAGACAGAUUUUAGGCCUAAAAGUCGGGGGUUUGAUGAUGACCCCAGUGACAUUGGAAUGAGUGAAGCAGAGAGGAAACAGAGGUACCUUCAGCAGGAAGUGAUGCGUACAGCUAAGUCUGCUGUGGACAGCAGUCACCGUUCCCUCGGCCUCAUCUAUGAAUCAGAGAAGAUGGGUGUGGAAACUGCAGAGGAGCUGAUACGACAGGGUGAGGUUUUGAAGAGGGCUGACAAGAUGAUGGACAACAUGGAUCAGGACCUGAAGACCAGUCAGAAGCACAUUAACAGUAUCAAGAGUGUGUGGGGCGGCCUUGUCAAUUACUUCAAGGCCAAGCCAGAGAUAAAACCACCUCCUGAGGAGCCAAAGCCCCGCCAGGCCAACAAUCCAUUACAGAAUGCCAUGUCCAGCAGCAGAGAACAUGAAGAUAAGUACCAAGCCAGCCACCCCAAUCUAAGAAAGUUGGAUACAGAAGGAUUUGGAGCUUCUGCAUCAAUAGGUGACAGCUCAUCUGGACAGAAUGGAUACACUGUGAACAGACACCUUAGGGAGGCUCACCAGACCCUCGACAACAAUUUAGAUGAGAUGUGCAGUGGCUUGAGUAGACUGAAGAACCUAGGCCUUGGUCUCCAGUCUGAAAUUGAAGACCAGGACGACUCCAUUGAUUCUCUGAUGAAUAAAGUAGACAAGAUGGAUCUUCAGAUCCACAACACAAACCAACAGAUUAAAAACCUCAAGUAAAACAAACCUUUGGACUCACCUUACAGAUAUAAAAGACUGCAACAGGGCAUCCUCUCACUUUGCUCUCCAUCCUGUCUUAAGUUGUAUAAACUAUUCUUUUAUUGUUGGUUUUAGACAUUUUUAUCUAUAUUAUUUUCUUCUUGUAUGGCUGAAAGGAAAUUUCCCAUUCAUUUCUAUUUCGUAUCUGUUCAUAAAUACCUACUGCUACUCCGUUACAUGUUGAUAGGAUUUCUUCCAACUGAAAAUAACUGAUUUGUUAACUUGUGGGCUUGUGCAAGAAAUAUUCUAUUCAAGGUGUGUAUCAGAUGUGUGUAACUAUCCAGGUAAAUUCUGUCUAAAACUGGAAUGUAUGGUGUGUAUGGUUCAUAUGUCAGCGCUAACCUUUUGGACCUGCCGCCACAUUUGUACUAAAACACUUUCAAGUCACUUUUGCCUUACCCAUUAUUUGUACAGUAGGCUUUUGGUUCUGCGCCAUGUUUUUUUCUCCACUGACUGGUACAUCUUACCAUGAUUUUAUUUUUUUAAGUACAUUCAUGUUCUCCAGUGCUUUCCCUAGCUUUAUAUACAUUGUUUAUUUUGAUAGAUAUUGUAUUGAAUUUUGCACCAUGUGAUUGAACGAAUUACUGUACAGCGUAAAUAAUGUGAACAAACUAGCUCUAAAUAUAUACU